GUUUCACAAUAGACGUUUAUACACCAUUCGAUAGAGAAUUUCAAGAGCUACAUUUUGCACUAUUUGUAUUUCAAGAUAGAUAAAAUCGACUUUUUGGCCUAAUGUCCGCUUAGUUGCCCACUGUGCGUUUAAAGGAUGGAAAAUUCAACACAGUCAAAGUCAAUUCAACACAAAGUGAAAAGUUCUUUAUGAUUAAUUAAAGCAUCCAAGUUUAGGGCUAUGUUAUCAAAAUUGGAAAACAAGCACAAUUUACAUUGGUGAAGAGAAAUUUUACCCUGCCCGAAAGUACUAUGCUACGAGACAACGAAAAUGGUUUAAUGAUUUAGACGCAAAAUCGAAAACUGGUGAUCUACGAAAAGAAGAUUAUCCACCUGCGGAACAACGAAGAGCAUGGAUGGCUGUGAAGGAUACGUUAAUCAGGCGAUAUAGUAUGGUUGAUUACUCUACAUCAGCACCAAACAAGUCAAACAAACCAUUGUAG